AAACAGAAUCUGAUCAUAAAUAUACCAACAAAUAAAUAAAGUGGGUUAGAAAUGUAAAAUCAGUCUAAAAUGGUAGAAAAGACAGGCAUGGGUUGUGGGAUAAAAGACUACUCCUUAGUCCUUAAAAUGGUGAAAUGGAAGUUGUUGACUCAAACAAAGCAGCAAAGCUUUCCUUCAAGGCUUCAACCACCUGCAACAGCCCAAAUAUAAUUUUUGUUUUCGUGUUUGAUUUCAGAUAAAGCAAGACGUGACGUCCAUUCCUGACCAGGUCUUCCUAAUUGUAGGUUGGCAAACAGGUCCAGCCCUUUUAAAACACACAUAAAUUUUUUAGCUAUCAACAUCUUUAAUCGUUCUAGUAUUUUUCUCCUGCCCUCAUUUUUGCCAGGUAAAGAUAGAAAUGGAUUAUUUGAAAAAAAGAUAAAAAAAAAAAAAAUGGUGGGGUUAUUUGGUAAUAAGUGCAAAAUAUAUGGGUGGCUUGGUAAAAGUGUGAUAUUCUAAAUGAUUAGAUUUUUCUGUUAGAUAGAGGUAAAGAAAAAGAAGGAAAAAUGAAAAUCUGAUUUGGAAAGUUCCUAUUUGGGUGGUUUCUUUCUUUAUUUCUACAUCAAGCAAGUCGAGAAGUUGUCCCCCUUGAGCUGACGGGAAAGACUUCUCGUUUCUCUGGUGAAGUUCUUUCGCUGAAUUUCGUAGGGAGGUUAUGAAUCGUUUUUGGUAGUCAAGGUGUGUUCUGAUGAAGAUUAUUGGAUAUUGAGGUGGACUUUUUUCUGGAAGGGCUCAUCAAUGGCGGGAGAAGAGUUGAUUGAGCUUAAGUUUAGGCUUGCUGAUGGCACCGACAUCGGUCCAAACAAGUAUAAUCCAACUACCUCUGUGGGAUCUCUCAAAGAAAAGAUACUUGCACAAUGGCCUAAAGACAAAGAAAAUGGUCCAAAGACUAUCAACGACAUGAAGCUUAUUAACGCAGGAAAGAUACUUGAAAACAACAGAACACUUGCUGAGUCCAGACUCCUAGUUGGUGAACUUCCAGGAGGGGUCAUCACAAUGCAUGUUGUUGUUCGUCCUCCUUUGUCAGACAAAAACACUGAGAAACAGCAGGAUGAUUCACCAAAGAAGAGCCGGUGUUCGUGCUCUAUCCUAUAAAACCCAAAUAACAAGAUUGACAGAACUUCUCCAACUGGCGUUCUUUUCUCAUCAUGCUUUCCUAUUUGAUGGUUGGUGAGAUGCAUUUCAGAAGCUUUACAUAUUUCAAAGGUUCUUGAUUUCAAGUGGCUGCAGAAACAAGAAGCCUGCGAGUCAAUUUCCAGGACUGUGAUCUGCUUCUUUGAUCUUGUGUUUCAUACUGUAAAAUAUCUGGGAGUUUCUCCAAUGCUUGUGAAGGAGAAAACAAACUGGGUGGGAUUAGGAGCUCGGUAGAUGAAGAAGAGAAAAAGGAAAAAAAUAAAAGUCACAGAAGAAAUGAUUUAAUUGUGUAUUGAUUUGGGGUUUAUUGUCAUUAAAUAGCUUGCUGAAUUGGUACCAUGAAUAAUUCUUCAAAUAACAUACAUGUAUAUGUUCUGUCAAACUUGUCAACUUAAUGCUUCAAAUAACAUACAUGUAUAUGUUAUGCCAAA